UUAAAAAUUUUCAGAAAAAUCUGUUUAAAGAGAAGAGAAAAUAUUAAAAAUGUUGUUGAGUGUAUCUGCAGUGUUCCAGAACAAUAUCUGCAGUGUUCCAGAACACAUAUUAGUGUUUCAACACACAAUAUCUGCAGUGUUCCAGUACACAUAUUAGUGUUUCAACACACAAUAUCUGCAGUGCUCCAGUACACAUAUUAGUGUUUCAACACACAAUAUCUGCAGUGUUCCAGUACACAUAUUAGUGUUUCAACACACAAUAUCUGCAGUGUUCCAGUACACAUAUUAGUGUUUCAACACACAAUAUCUGCAGUGUUCCAGAACACAUAUUAGUGUUUCAACACACAAUAUCUGCAGUGUUCCAGAACACAUAUUAGUGUUUCAACACACAAAACAAAAGUUUAUGGUAUGUAUCAACACACACAAAAAACUUUAUAUGGAAAACUGUAUUCCAUGUCCAAAAUAAUUAAAUGAAAUUGAUAUACACAUAUGAAUAUAUAUAGAAGAUAAACUGUACCACUGUUAAAUAAAUAAAAUAUUUUAAAAUGAACUCCAUUCUUUUGAAAAAUGUGAAAAAAUAUGAAGAACACAAACUAGAUCAUUGUUCAGAGUGCCUCAAAUAUUGUAAUAAAAAAACCAAUCUUUUGGAACAAAUGCAAGUACAUACAGAAGUUAAACCAUAUCAGUGCUCAAAGUGUCUUAAAUGUUUUGGUGCAAAAGGCAAACUAGUGAGACAUAUGCUAGUACAUACAGGAGCUAAACCAUAUCAGUGUUCAUUGUGUGUGAAAUGUUUUAGUCGACAAGGCAGUCUUCUGAGACACAUGCGAGUACAUACAGGUGCUAAACCAUAUCAAUGCUCUGAGUGUCUGAAAUGUUUUAGUGUAAAAUGCAGUCUUGUGACACAUAUGCGAAUACAUUCAGGAGAUAAACCAUAUCAGUGUUCUGAGUGUCUGAAAUGUUUUAAUCGACAAGGCAAUCUUGUGACACAUAUGCGAGUACAUACAGGAGAUAAACCAUAUCAGUGCUCUGAGUGUCUGAAAUGUUUUAAUGUAAAAGGCAGUCUUGUGAAACAUAUGCAAGUGCAUACUGGAGCUAAGCCUUAUCAGUGCUCUGAGUGCCUGAAAUGUUUUACUGAAAGAGGCAGUCUUGUGAAACAUAUGCGAGUACAUACAGGAGAUAAACCAUAUCAGUGCUCUGAGUGUUUGAAAUGUUUUAGUAUAAGAGGCCAUCUUGUGACACAUAUGCGAGUACAUACAGGAGACAAACCGUAUCAGUGCUCUGAGUGUCUGAAAUGUUUUAGUGAAAAAGGCCAUCUUGUGAACCAUAUGCGAGUACAUACAGGAGAUAAACCCAUAUCACUGCUCUGA